UCAAGUGAAUAUAUAAUUACUGAUUAAUUACAUACAUAAAAUAUAUUUCUGAGUUUGUGCAUAAGCCACCAUUUUUUUUUUCUUUGGUUCGAAUCGUGAGCAAAAGAAAGGGGAAGAAGACUAUGAGAAGCAGAGCUUUCAGAAAACACAGUUUCUGCUAACAAUCGAUCAAUUAAACCCUAUCCUUUUCAGAUUGUUGCGGCAUUUGGGAAUGGCGAACAGCAGGUAUGAAUACGUGAAAUGUUUUGAGGUGGAAGAUGAAGUAAUGUACCCAAACAUCAUUGUCGUUCAAAUUGAUGGCCGCGACUUUGGCUGUUUCUCGGAGAAGCAUGGAUUUGAGAAGCCGAAUGAUGAUAAAGCCUUGAACUUGAUGAAUGCUUGUGCUAUUAAGGUAUUAGAGAACUUCUCUGAUGUUAUAUUUGCAUAUGGAUUUAAUGAUGAGUACAGUUUCGUUUUGAAGAAGGAAACCACAUUUUACCAGAGACGAGCAAGCAAAAUACUAUCCAUUAUUGUGUCUUUCUUCUCAUCUACAUAUGUAAUCAAAUGGAAAGAGUUCUUUUCUCGAAAGGAGUUAACUGUGCCUCCAUCAUUCCAUUCACGAGUUAUCAGCUGUGCAUCAAUGGAGGUUCUUCAGGCAUAUCUUCUAUGGAGGCAGACAGAAUGUCAUAUAAGCAAUCAAUACAAUACUUGUUUGUGGAGGCUGGUGUUUUCUGGAAAGUCAGAAAAGGAGGCGAAAGAGAUUCUGAAGGGAACACAAAAGCAGGAGCAAAAUGAAUUACUCUUUCAGCAGUUUGGUAUCAACUACAAGGACCUUCCGCAGAUUUUUCGUCAAGGGUCUUGCGCCGUCAAGAUAAAGGUGGACGAUACUGUGAAAUACCGUGAAGAUGGCACUCCUGUUAAAAGGCCAAGGAAGAAAGCGGUCAUAGUUCACUCAGAAAAUGUAGCAACAAAAAGGUUCUGGAAUAACUACACAUGCCUUACCGAGGAACUUGGUUCGCUCGCUGAAGGGAUUAACAAGAUUAAACCCGAGUAUUUGAGGUCUUUCCAGUUUGAAAGCAGGUUGAUGUUAUCUAUUUGGAUUGUAGUUCGGGUAGACGGUUGUCAUUUCCAUAGGUUUUGUGAAGAUAAUGGCUUUCAGAAGCCAAAUGAUGAGCAGGCACUGAAACUUAUGAACUCUUGCGCGGUGUCUUUGCUGGAGAUGUUUAAGGAUAUUAUCUUUGCAUAUGGAGUGAGUGAUGAAUACAGCUUUGUUUUGAAGAAAGAUUCUCUAUUGUAUCAGAGGUGGUCAAGUGAAAUUGUCUCUGCUGUUGUUUCUCUUUUCUCUUCCAUGUAUGUGAUGAAGUGGAAAGAGUUUUUUCCUGAGAAAGAGUUUAAAGAACCACCUUAUUUUGAUGGACGAUCAGUUUGCUAUCCAUCAUCUGAGAUUCUUCGAGAUUACUUGGCUUGGAGACAAGUUGAUUGUCACAUAAACAAUCAGUACAAUACUUGUUUCUGGCUGCUAGUUAAGUCUGGAAAGAGCAGAACUGAAGCACAAAGCUCUCUGAAGGGUACUCAAACUCAAGAAAAAAAUGAAUUGCUUGCCAAGUUUGGCAUUGAUUACAAUGCGUUACCAAUGAUCUUUCGGAUGGGGUCCUCUGUUUUCCGAGACACAGAUGAACCAACAGGAAAUGAGAGAGUAGUUGUUGAACAUUGUAACAUAAUUGAGACGAGCUUUUGGAAAGAACAUCCAAGAAUACUCGAUGAGGAGGAAUCAUUGCUAACAAUUUUACGGCCCCAUAGCAAUAAAAUGCUUCGAUUGUCUUGAAGUUGAGGAGCUGCUACCUAAGUUAUUAACCAAAUCCAGUUUUAAUCACAUUAGAAAAAUAGUUCCAAACUUUGUCAAAUAUGUAGACUAGCCAAUUGAUUUUGAUUUUUUCUCUUUUUCUUCUUUUAGAGAUUUGUCUAACUAAACUCUCCUGUAUAUUACAGUUCACUCAAAGUUCAUUUAGUAAACAAGAUUUUUUUGUUGUAUCA